CAACACCGCGAUGUGCGUGCAGUGACGUUUCUGUAGUACUGGCUAAGUUUGUCUGUUUCGAAACCGACUGUAACCUCCUUAAUUAAUGGCCUGUUCUGUCAAUAAAACGGUGGAGCUGAACCCCACCCUCCUCCCUCUGGAAUGGCUUCUGGGUACCUGGGAGUGUGAUGAACCAGGAGAGGGCUCCUUCCCCACCAUAAAACCUUUCCGUUACACAGAGACGCUGCAUUUCAGUCAUGUAGGACAACCAGUCAUCAACUUCAUGUUCAAUGCAUUUCAUGCUGAGUCUAAGAAGCCAAUGCACAGAGAGUGCGGGUUUGUUCGAAUGCAGCCGGGGACUAACAGAGUGGCCUUCAUCAUUGCACAGAACUCAGGUCUGGUGGAAAUCGAGGAGGGAGAGCUGACAGGGCAGCAGCUGAGCCUGCAGUCCCAGCAACUAGCCCGAACCUCUUUUGCAAAAGAGCCUUACGUAAAGCAGAUUUGCAGAGUGUUUCAGCUCCGGCCCGACGGGAAGCUGGAGCAGACAGUUUCUAUGGCAACAGACAACCAGCCCCUGAUGCAGCACUUGCGCAUCACCUACCGUCGAUCGUCUUGAGCGAGCAGGAGGGCUUCUCAUGCACUGAAAUAAGUUUCCAGAUACAUAAAUAUAUCUGGAAACACUCGAUCAAUAAUUCCAGCUGUGUAAGGGAAACAUGAACAAAUCUACAGAGAUAUACUUCUAUACUGUUAUGUGGUUAAAAGGCUGUGGUAUAACCUGUUGAACUGAAAUAAUCAAACUUAAUCUUAACCACUAGUUAAACAUCACAGACAAUAUCAGGAUGUUCAUGGUGUAUAUUUAAUCUGUAAAGCUAUUUCAAUGUGAAGAUAAUAGAAGCUAAAGCAGCUGGAGGCAUUGCACUGUCCUUUGAAUGUGGGCUUCAGGGUUUUUUUUCUUUUACCGAGUGGCACUAUGUAGAAAACAAAAUGACUAUUUAAGGCCACUGUUUUCACAUGUGUGCUCACAGACAUCCAUGUCUGCGAGGGGGCAGCUUCACUGUUCGUGUGCUGGAUAAAUUAAAUUACUCAUUUUGUCUUUG